UUCAAAUUUUGGCACAAAUUAUCGAUUCAUACAGUGCCCAGCCACGCCCUUCCCAGAACCCUAAACCCUCGGAGCCAUCAUCGACAUUCGACCGUGACUUCGUCUCUCUCUCCACCCAAAAUGGCUUGGCGCGGGUCGAUCGCCAGAUCGCUUCUCGCCACUGCGCGUUCGUCAUCGUCCUCCCUCCGAUCGCCGGCUGCGGCUCCCCGCCUCCGCCCUCCGCCGCUCGCCACCCCUCGCCUUCAGCGCCGCCGUCCCUCCUUCGCCCCUCCCAGGACUUUGGGAGAGCUAGGGUGCGCCCAGUCUCUCCUCCCGCUCCACAGCGUGGUCGCCUUGCCUCGUCUCACCUCUCACCUUUCCGUCAGCGCGAGAGCGUGCUGCGAGCUCUCUCAGGGGAAAAAUGGAAAAGAUGGUUGAUGCAAGAGACAGGCUGGCAUUCGGUGGGAAGCUUUGAUUCUAACUUGAUGUACCUGAAGGCGGUGGGAUUGAUGAUAAGCUUGUCAAAAGCAUAUGAGGUGUUUUUGAAACCUUUGAGCUAAUGUCAUUGGCUGCAGGAGUAGAACAAACCCAUAAAUGAUUAUGCUGGAUUUUCAUAAAGUUUGAAUUUUUCCCAGUUUUGGGGGUUGAAUAAGCAUUAUGUUUAGUAAACUGCUGCUGAAAAAAAUGUAUUCAUGUUUAAUAUGCCAUUAGGAUUCCAAAAUUCCUGUCUCAGAUGCUGUCUGCUUUUGUUUCAUGUGAUUAUAAAGUUCAGCCUUAUAAUGCAACGUUAAGAGAAUCUUUUAGGUUCA